GGUAGAUAGGUGUACUACCAGAUAGGUGUACUACCCGCUGAUAAUGGAUCAAUCGUUAGUGGAUGUAUCGGUCGUUUUCACUUCAACGGCUUCAAUAAUUCCACCAUCUUCUACCAACAGUAAGCAGUUCUAGGCUUUGUUCAGUCUUGCUCAGUCUUACUCAGUCCUGUAUUGCUUUUUUGAGGUAUAAGAGGCUAUCCCUUACGUUCUGAAAGGGUAAUCGAUAUUAAGAAUAGAAGCAUCAAAGGCCCUAUUCGGAAUUACACAUCAGUGAUUCUUUCAGAAUGCCUCCAACUCUUAUACUUGUCCGUCAUGCUCAAGCUCGCCAUAACGCAGAAGUAAAUUUCGAAUUGCCAGAUCCGGAUUUGACAGAGGAGGGACAUAAGCAAUGCGCAGACCUGCGACAGAGCCUCGUAGAACAUCCUUUGGCCCAGCAAGCCGAAGUCGUGAUCGUUUCUCCUUUGCGUAGGACGAUACAGACCGCUUUGCGAUCUGUCGACUGGCUCGUAGAGAAGGGCGUCAAGGUCGAGGCUGAUGCAAGUUGGCAAGAAAAUUCGGCCAAACCAUGUGACACCGGAAGUCCAAUUGACAAACUCACACAAGAGUUUCCCAUGGUUGACUUUUCAAAGGUAGAUCCUGUGUUUCCGGAUAAGACGUCGCCAGCAGCAAGCCAAUAUCACUUUACCAAGCCGGCCAUCCUCCAGCGUGCUCAAGUAGCUUUAAAGAAACUAUACGAACGCCCGGAGAAGAUCAUUAUUGUCGUCUCUCACUCGGCUUUCUUGCGGCUUGCUGUCUCCGGCUACUGGUACUUCAAUGCUGACUACCGUAUCUUUGACUUUGCGCCGAUGAACGAGCCCGGAGACCCAUACCGGCUUGAACAACAUGAGACUACUAAAGAGACAGGAGGAGGACUCUCUCGGAGCUGGGUGGACCCCAUAGUGUUAGGCUCAGACUUGCCAGAAGAGGAUCCGGAUGCGGGUGCGGAUAAGAACGGGAAUGGCCGGGGAUAUUAAGGCGGCAUUUUAACUACCGUGCCUGCCGUGCUUGGAAAGUGAUGUCUAAAUAAGAAUAUUGCCUAUUGGUCGAGUCGUUACGAGAGUGAUGGUGGUGGCGGCAGUGGCUGGCGCCAACCCUUACCCCUUACCUCACUCUUAAGGCUUGAAGACGAUCGUAGCAUGGAUCGAACAAAAGGUCUCGCGGCGCAUUUAUUAUUCUCCAGCCUGUCCCAGUUCAAUUACCGCUCUGCCGCUGAAGUUUCUAGCAAAAGAAUUACCAGGAUCUAGAGCCUACUCGGGCACACGCUGUAAGUCGGCUCUAUGUCAAAGUCAUACUAUAGUAGAGGCCAGGAGAGCUCGUCUUAAUAGGCAACACCUUUCGUGCUGACACGGCACAGCCUCAACUGUUGAUGAGAUGAGA